UCAGAAUUUGGGCCGCUUGCUAAUUUCCUCCCUUGUAAAAGCCCAUUACUUGUUCCUAGAUCAAAGCGGUAGCUGUUUCCGGCUGGCAGGCCUCGGUUUCCCGCCAUAAUCCCGUCCCCUCCUCUUCCCUCCUGCAUCCCUUGAAGAAUCUUGAUCCAAUGCCAAGAAAUCUCAAAAAGGAGCCCGUUAGAAGCGAUGGGAAACGCAGCUACUGGCUUCUCAAGACGGAGCCGGCGGAGUGGUCGUGGGACGACCAGCUUCGCUCGGACGGCGGCGUCUCCCGGUGGGACGGCGUACGGAAUCGCCAAGCGCAGAAGAACCUCAAGUCUAUGAAAUGCGGUGAUCAUUGCUUCUUCUACCAUUCCGGACGCGAACGCCGAGUCAUUGGCGUGGUCGAGGUUGUCAGGACUUGGUAUUCCACUACUGAUGAUCGCGGCGAUGACUGGGAAGGGGUGGUUGAUGUAAGGACGGUAGCGGAGAUCGGGCGGGCCGUGGAUUUGAGGGAUAUCAGGGCUGAGGCAGAGAUGAUGAAGGACUUCGCACUCUUACGGCAGCCGCGUCUUUCGGUGGUCCCGGUGCCAGAGAGAGUUUGGGAUCGAAUUUGUGAGAUGGGCGGAGGGUUUGGUGGUGAAGAUAAUGAGGGAGAAGAUAAAAAGGAGGUGCUUUCAGGUAAGAUAGGAGUGGUUUCUGGCAAAGCUAUUUUUGGACCCCCUCUUGAGGAGUACUGGACAAAAAAGCUCGAGGAAGAAGCAGGAAAGGGGGCUAGUGAUGCAGGAAAUAGUUAAAAAAUCUCUGCAAAGAUGCUGUUAAUAUGCUUGUCCGCUUAAUGUAAUUGUUUCCGGUGCUUUUUGGAUCCUCUAAUUUCAUGUCCCUAAGUAGUGUUAUUUUGCUGAUGCAGCAGACAGAUGGCAAUUCAUGAUCCUUACAUCUUUGCUGCUUGUUAUUUUUGAUCUUAUAUUUCUGACUUGCUUUAAUCCAAAAGCUAAUUGUGUUUGUUGUGA